CGCAGCGCCGCGCCGCGCCGCACGUGUGCAAGCUCGGCGGCUGGUGGGAGAUCUUGUACGUGUGGGUUUCCUUGCGGUGUACCCUAUGUGGGUUGGCCCUGGCCUCUGUCUCCUCCGAGUGGCCGCCGCCCUUCUGCGUCCCGAGCCGAGCGCCUUCUUCGCCGCUUAGCCGGCGCCCGCAGGCUCCGGGUCCUCUUAAAUGUUCUCUUGGAGCCUUAAAGAUGGAAAUGACAAACGUGUCCCUGAAACGUGGGUGCCUUGUUGUGGAAGAUAAUGAUGGUGUGGCCCUGCAGGAGGAGACAAAGAAACAGAAGGUCUCAGAGUGCUAUCUGACCAACAGUCAGGAUGGGGUAGAAAAUGACAGUCUACACAGCAGUGAGGAUGAGCCUGGACCUCCAGAAGUUGAAGAUGCCAAGAAAGAUGAAAAGAAUUCCAGUGCUCAGGUGCAAGAGGAGGAAGAGGAGGAAGAUGGCCUUUCAGAGAUAGGGGAAGAGGAGGAGCCUGAGAGUUUUGCAGACAUGAUGAAGCAUGGGCUCACAGAACUUGAUGUAGGCAUCACGAAGUUUGUGAGCCCUCAUGAGGGCUUCUCAGGGAUCUUAAAAGAACGAUACUCUGACUUUGUUGUUCAUGAAAUUGGAAAAGACGGACGGAUCAGCCAUUUGGAUGACUUAUCUGUUCCAAUGGACAAGGAGGACCCUCCAGAAGAAGCGCUCACUGUUUUGACAGCUGAGGACAAGCAGCAGUUGGAGGAGCUCCAGCUUUUCAAAAAUAAAGAAACCAGUGUUGCCAUUGAGGUCGUUGAGGAUACCAAAGAAAAAAGAACCAUCAUCCAUCAAGCUAUUAAAUCUCUCUUCCCAGGAUUAGAGACAAAAACAGAGGAUAGAGAAGGCAGGAAAUACAUCGUAGCCUACCAUGCAGCUGGCAAAAAGGCUUUGGCAAAGGUCAGAACUGCAGCAGAUCCGAGAAAACAUUCUUGGCCAAAAUCUCGGGGAAGCUACUGCCACUUUGUUCUAUACAAGGAAAACAAAGACACCAUGGAUGCCAUCAAUGUAUUGUCCAAAUAUUUACGAGUAAAACCAAACAUAUUCUCCUAUAUGGGAACCAAAGACAAAAGGGCCAUCACAGUGCAGGAGAUUGCUGUCCUCAAAAUAAGUGCACAAAGACUCGCCCACCUGAAUAAGUGCUUGAUGAACUUCAAGUUGGGUAAUUUCAGCUAUCAGAAAACCCCUCUGAAAUUGGGAGAGCUUCAAGGAAAUCACUUCACUGUUGUUCUCAGGAAUAUAACAGGAACUGAUGAGCAAGUACAGCAAGCCAUGCAAUCUCUGAAGGAGACUGGCUUCAUUAACUACUAUGGCAUGCAAAGAUUUGGGACUACAGCUGUCCCUACGUACCAAGUUGGAAGAGCUAUUCUACAGAAUUCCUGGACAGAAGUCAUAGAUUUAAUACUGAAGCCCCGUUCUGGAGCUGAAAAGGGGUACUUGGUGAAAUGUAGAGAAGAAUGGGCCAAGACCAAAGAUCCAGCCUCUGCCCUCAAAAAACUACCUGUCAAAAGGUGUGUGGAAGGUCAGCUGCUUCGAGGACUUUCAAAAUAUGGAAUGAAGAAUAUAGUCUCUGCAUUUGGCAUAAUACCAAGAAAUAAUCGCUUAAUGUAUAUCCAUAGUUAUCAAAGCUAUGUGUGGAAUAACAUGGUGAGCAAAAGGAUAGAAGACUACGGGCUGAAACCUGUCCCAGGGGACCUUGUUCUCAAAGGAGACACUUUGCCUGCGUUGCUCUAUUGCAGUACUACUGCCACAGCCACCUACAUUGAGGAAGAGGAUGUUAAUAAUUACUCCAUUCAUGAUGUGGUGAUGCCCCUGCCUGGUUUUGAUGUUAUCUACCCCAAACAUAAAAUUAGUGAAGCCUACAGGGAAAUGCUCACUGCAGACAAUCUUGAUAUUGACAACAUGAGACACACAAUUCGAGAUUACUCCUUAUCGGGUGCCUAUCGAAAGAUCAUUAUUCGGCCUCAGAAUGUCAGCUGGGAAGUCGUUGCAUAUAAUGAUCCUAAAAUUCCACUUUUCAACACGGAUGUGGACAACUUAGAAGGAAAACCACCACCAAUUUUUGCUUCUGAAGGCAAAUAUAGGGCUCUGAAGAUGGACUUUUCUCUUCCUCCAUCGACUUACGCCACCAUGGCCAUUCGAGAAGUGCUAAAAAUGGACACCAGCAUCAAGAACCAGACUCAGCUCAAUACAAACUGGCUACGAUGAGUGGUGCAUUCUUCAGAGACAAGUACCUGCUCGAUGACCUCCUGUUCUUGUCUUUUUUAAUUGCUGGCUCAUAUUUGAUUUUUAAAACUUUUAUAGUAAAGGAUUAUUUGUAUUUUUUAAAGUUUU